AUGUCGGAUUCCUCCUCUCCUACGUUGACUGAUACCAUCGUCACAAACACUAAUCACACUCUUCUUCAUAUCAAUAUUACAAAUGUCACGAAACUUACUCCCACAAACUAUCUCAUGUGGAAGCUUCAAGUUCAUGCUCUUGUUGCUGGUUAUGGCCUUGUUGGUCAUCUUGAUUGUUCCAUGCCGGCUCCAUCUCCCACUCUCACCCCCGAGACUGCCGUCUCUGAUAAUCCAGCCUUCGUUAAUUGGCAACGUCAAGACAAGUUGAUUUAUAGUGCUCUUUUGGGUGCUAUCUCGCUUAAUGUUCAGCCAAUUCUUUCUCGUACAACCACUUCCUCUGAGAUCUGGAGUACUCUUGCGGAGACGUAUGCUAAGGCGAGUAGAGGACACGUUCAACAGCUGAAGGAUCAGCUACAGACAUGGACUAAGGGAUCUCAUACUAUUGAUGAGUAUCUCCAAGGUCUUACCACCAGGUUUGACAUUCUCGCUAAUCUGGGUAAACCAAUGGAUCAUGAUGAUCAAAUUGACUUGAUUCUUGCGGGUUUACCAGAGGACUACCGUCCUAUCAUCGACCAAAUUGAGGCUCGUGAUGUCUCUCCUACGAUUCCAUAUGUCCAUGAGAGGUUGCGCACUCGAGAAGCCAAGCUCUUGUCCAAAGCAACGCUGGUGAAGGAUCUUCACACGGGGCUCCCUUACUCCAAGGCAAGACUAAAGGAGAACUGUAUGAGUGGCCAAUGA